CUCCCCGAGUCCUCUCGCUGACACCAGUCCAUGACCAAGUGAACAACCCUAAGCUCUCGAGGCCAUGGCGAAGGCGAAGGCGAAGGCGCCGAGGCCGAAGCCGACGCGCGCAGUCACCCGACGGCUCCUCGGGUUUGCCGGUCUGAGCUUUGCGGCGGUGGCGUACGUGGGGACUGACUACCUGCGGUACCUCUCGCCGACAUGGCACGAGCGGCUGCAGCCGUUGCUCUGGGCGGCGCUGGCGCUCGCCGCCGCCGCGCGUGCACCGUUCUACCGCCACUGGGACGCCGAGCUCCGGGCCGCGCUUCCAUUCCUCGGCUCCAUCGCCUUCAUGCUCGGCGCCUUCCUCUUCGAGGCCAUCUCCGUCCGCUUCGUCUCCGCCGUGAUGGGGCUCCAGUGGCACAGAUCUGCUGCUCCACUUCCUGACACUGGUCAAUGGCUGCUUCUAGCUUUGAAUGAGAAGCUUCCUGAAAGUGUUGUUGAUCUAUUGAGAGCUCAUAUUAUCACCCUUCACCAUUUUUUGAUGUUAUUCAUGAUGUUGGGUUUCUCAGUGCUGUUUGACUGCAUUAAAGCUCCUGGUCUUGGUAUAGCCACAAGAUAUAUGUUCACUAUGGCAAUUGGUCGGUUGCUUCGGACGGUAACUUUUAUUGGUACAAUCCUUCCAUCUGCGAGACCUUGGUGCGCCGCAGCUCGUUAUCAAAUACCUGGGCAUCCUCAUCCUUGGGCACAAAAAUAUUUUGUUCCAUAUGCUUCUGAUUCAGAUGCUAUUCGUAGGGUCAUAGAUAAUGAUGUGGCCUAUGCUGACGUCCAAGCUUACCCUGGCGAGUAUAGUCCUGACUGGGGUCAGAUGAGCUUCCUAGUAGACAUUUUGAGGCCAACCCCUGGAGAGGGGCCUUCAUGGUACCAUCUAUUGAAAAAAGCCAGUGGAGGUUGCAACGAUCUUAUGUAUAGUGGGCACAUGCUUGUCGCUGUUCUUACUGCCAUGGCAUGGACGGAAGCUUAUGGGGGAUGGAUCUCUGUUGCAAUAUGGCUUCUUGUCCUACACAGUGCACAGAGGGAGAUACGCGAACGUCAUCAUUACACCGUGGACUGCAUCGUGGCAAUCUAUGUAGGAAUUCUCUUGUGGAGGAUGACGCGGUUCAUCUGGUCUGCAAGAGAUGCCAGCCGAGCUCGAAGGCUUGCCAAACUUGAAGAGGUUCAGAGCAGGCUAAUCCAUGCUGCAAAAGACUCGGACAUAGACGAGGUCCGUGAUCUGCUGAAAGAGGUUGAGCUAGCGGGCCAUGAAAAGCAGGCUUUCUCUCAAAGGGCCAUCCUGGCCUUCGCUGCAGCUACAAUUAUUUUCACCCUGUCAUGUGUUGUCCUUGCCCUUACAUUAACAAGCGACGGUUGAUUUCACUUGCUAGAAUUUUACCCUAUUUCUUGGGUUACGCUGUUGUUCUCUGUAGGCUGAGAAUGUUGUGUGCCAUUUCUGGCAGUAAACAUGUUUGAGCAGAAACGUAAGUUCAGUUUAGUGGCACCAAUUCGAAAACUUUGGAAAAUUGUUUUCCAGUCAUGUUUUUAAAGCUGUUCUCUAGUCA